CUAUCUACACGUGUAUUUAGUUAUAAGCCAUCCCCAAGCCAAGAGAGUGACAUAGCCAGACUGCGGAGCCUGAGCUAAGAAGAAGAAGAAGAAGAAGAAGAAGAAUCGUGAAUAGCUAGAGAGAGCGAAAGGGAGAGAAGAAUGACGAAAGCAAAAAAGGAGCUGAUGGCUGCAGCUCCGUGGAGGGUCAACGAGGAGGCGAACGACGAGUUCAAAGAUGCCAAGCUCAAGGUAACAACCAAGCCAGGGGGCACCUCAACCAUGCACGUCCCUCGUAAGAAGUCCCUCCGUUCCAAGGACCAAGAACUCGAUGAUUCCCUUGCCGAAAUUGACCCCGAGCUCCGUUACAGUUUUCAGCGAAAUUUUCAGUUCCUUCAACGGGUUUUUAGUAUUGACACCGUUGUGAAACCUCUUCCACCUGCCAUGGCUUACAAUGUCUCCCGCAACUUGAGCUUCUUCACUCGCAUUUUCACGCAGUUCUUCGAUCCCGAAGGUAUUGCAAAUGCUCAGAGAUCUCUUGGUAUAGGACAGGAAGAGAGAGUUCGUAAAGUUCGUUGAUGUGAGGAAACAUGAAGGAAUGUAGCAAAUGAUGUUUACAUGUGUUGUGUAUUAGAUUUAAAAAAAUACUUCACUAGCUUAAGUUUUUGCCGAGUCAAACUCUUGCUAAAUUCAUCACAUAUUUGUGGUCUGGGUUCUCAAAUGAACAACUUAGCCAGAAGAAAAAUAAUGCAUUCUAAAUCUUUGAAUAUA